AUGGUAUCGCAAAAUGUACUCGCAACUUGCAACUUCGAUAUGUUGUUCACAUUUAUUAAUUCUGGAUGGGAAGGUAGGGCUCACGACAACGCUAUUCUGGUUGACUCUAUUACACGAGCUGAUCUACAGUUCUCACACCCACCCAAUGGCAAGUACUAUUUAGUUGAUGCUGGUUUCACGAACAUGCCUGGAUUUCUUGCUCAAUUUCGGUCUCAACGAUAUCACUUGCAAAAGUUUCGUGGCCAUCGUUAUGUAGGACCUAAGGAAUUGUUUAACCAUCGACAUCCGUCAUUACGCAACGUCAUAGAAAGAACAUUUGUUAUGGAUCCAUUCUUUAUGGAAGCUGAUAAUAAAAUGGCCGCAGAAGCAGAAGCAAAAGCAGACGGGCUUCUUGGAGACCAACCUGACUACGUUGAUAUGUCACAACAUGGGUUAACGUCCCAAUCGAACGUUAGAGAUGCAAUUGCUACUGCUAUGUGGCAAAAUCUUGUUCACCAUGGGCACUGA